UAUUAUGGUAAUCUUCUUCUUCUUAUAUAUUAAAUUCUCAUGUACAAUAGAUAAUAAUCUUUAAUCAUAUUCCUCUCUUUCUUCAGACCUCUCAUCACAACUUCAACCGCCUUCAUUACUUAUUGUGAGAUAAGCUUUUACUUGAAUCUUUAAGUGUAGUUCUUAGGUUUUCGUAUAAAUAUUUAACUAAGUUCGAAGAGAUUUACAUAUUUUUUCAAGUGUUUGCGGUACUUACAUAGUAAGUUUCUUGUUGUGACAACUUAAAACGUCAGUUAACCAAAUUCAGAUGGAAGCUGUUAAAAGAAGAAAGUUGGAGUUAGAGAAAAGAAUCUCAACUCAGAAAAUUGGUGCAUCAGACCAAAGUUCCGACAGGAAUGAACCUACUGAACCAGGUGCUGCUAAGCAUCGCAUUGCUGAACUUAGAGAAAGAACCGCGAAAAGAUUUAAUUCUUUUCAACCUCCCUCUGCUCCAUCUCAACGAAAUGAGGGUGACGUCGCAAGAGGAGGCUUAAGAGUUGGCAUUCAUCCUGCUCUAUUGAACGACGGCAUAUAUUCAUUUAACGGAAAGCAAGAAAAACCUUCUCUACCUAAAAAAGAAGUACGGGAAAGCCCUAGUAACCUACCUCAAGAGAGUUCAAUCGAAAGUAAGAAAAAUCCACUUUUGGAAGAUACCGAUGCACCUAAAGUUGAAAGUCUCCCUUAUUACGAUCCAAGGACAAAAGAAUCUAGGCGCACUCGAGCUCCAAGGAUUCUAUCUUUAAAUGCUUCUGGUAAAUAUAUCGAAGAAGCUGAACAAUAUAGACGUCAGUCUCAACUAGAAGAGCUAAAAAAACGUGUUGCUUUGCAUUCCGAAAAGGCAGGAAUAAAUGAUGAGCUUCUAGUGACAAGCAAAUCUAUACAUCGGGUUGAACCUCCCAAUGUUGAAUGGUGGGAUUUACCGUAUGUUGCCAAUGAAGCAACUUAUGGCGAUCAAGCUACGUGGAAAAUAUUUGAAAACAGUGAUACUAUAACGUCAAAUAUACAGCACCCAAUCCCUGUUCUUCCACCGUAUCUAAAAAAUCAGCCAUCUUCGAAAUCGCUUUUCUUGACUAAAAAGGAACAAAAGAAGAUCCGGAGACAGACACGAGCGGAAGCUCGCAAAGAGAAACAAGAUCGCCAGUUGCUAGGACUGGAACCUCCGGAACCUCCAAAGGUGAAGCUUUCAAAUCUUAUGAGUGUACUUGGUGACGCCGCUAUCAAGGAUCCAACAAAAAUGGAAGCAGAGGUCAGAAAACAAGUUGAAGAGAGACGUCUUCGUCACGAACAGAUGAAUGAAGAACGAAAACUUACACCCGAAGAAAGAAGGGAUAAAGCUCUAAAGAAGUUAGAAGAAGAUGCUGCAAGCGGUUUGCAAUGUCUUGUUUUUAAAAUUAAAUAUCUUGCACACAGACCCCAUCGUUUGAAAAUUGAUCUAAAUGCUAAACAACUAGGACUUACAGGAGCGUGUAUACUGAAUGACAAAAUCAAUUUGGUUGUUGUUGAGGGAGGAAGGAAAAAUAUCAAACAUUUUAAAAAACUAAUGAUGAAUCGUAUAGACUGGACAGAUACCUCAAGGAAUUCCUUAUUGGCGCAAGGAAACAAGCUUGCUGAUACUAAUGGGAUCAUCAUACCUUAUAAUGAAAACACAUGCGAAUUGAUCUGGGAGGGGGAUCUCAGUAAACGAAAUUUCUCAUACUGGACGUUUCGAAAGUGUCCAACAGAAAAUGAAGCUCGACUAUCACUUAAACAACUAGGUAAUACUGAACAUUUUUGGGUCUUGGCUAAUUCGUGGAAACGGGGAGAAGAUUUCGAUUAGUUUAUUAGGUAAUUAAAUAUAUUGUAUUUAUUAUUAUUAUUAUUAGUCUAUCC